UUCAAAAUUUAGCUUGGUUUUUCAGUCUAUAGUUUAAUUUUAAAAAACAAAAAUUCAAAAUCCAAAUAGUUACCGGAAGGGACCUCAACUUUAAGUUGAAAAUAUCCAUUUACACUCUUCUUUAAAUUUGGUUAAUAUCAUAUGAGACGUGAAUCAAAUUUAAAGUUCAAAAUUGAUUGACUUAAGAAAGAUGAGUCUAAUUGAUAAAAUUAAAAAUCUCAUAGAUGUUUAUCCAAACCAAUUAAAAUCUCCCACUCAAAGUUAAAAGGUUUAAAUACAGAUUUUUUAGUUUUUAUACUAUAUUUUUUUAUCCUGUUCAUCAUCCAAAGUAAUUUUGAAAUUGCCGGUAGAGAUAAGAGCAUAAAAUAAUGAAGAUUUUUGUAUUGGUAGAGAAACAAUUUAUGAAUAGGAGGAGGAGGAAGAAGAAGAAGAAGUCAAAAUCAUAUUUGUAGAAAAUGCCAGCGAUGAAGAUAUCAAUUUCAAUUUGCCCUAAUCCGGCCAACGAAGAAGCUUAAUAAACUUCCAUUAAUCAUUAUCUUCAUCAUCAAUUCAAACUCCAAUUCGAAAAUUAAUCGAUCGUCAUUUUUCAGAUUUCUCAAUUUUUCCAAAAAUGGGGAAAGGGAGCGGAUGCGUACCUAGCAUGAACAGAGCAUCCGUAGCCGUCUCCGAUCCACAUCCAACUCCCGAUCAACCAAAAUCCACCGCCGGAGAAAUCUCCAGGAAUCUCAGGAUCUUCAUCAUCUAUUACUCUAUGUACGGUCACGUCGAUCUCUUGGCCAAGAUGAUGAAGAAAGGAGUCGAUUCUGUAGACGGCGUCGAAGGUGUUCUGUUUAAGGUGCCGGAGACGCUGCCAAUGGAGACGCUGCAGCAGAUGAGAGUUCCGGCGAAGGAUGACGGCGUGCCGGUGAUUUCCGUGGAGGAGAUAGUCGAGGCCGACGGAUUCUUGUUUGGAUUUCCGACGAGGUAUGGAUCCAUAGCGGCGCAAAUGAAGUCGUUUUUUGAUUCGACGAUUGAUCUUUGGGAGCAUCAGAGGCUAGCCGGAAUUCCUGCCGGGUUCUUUGUCAGUACCGGAACUCAAGGCGGCGGCCAGGAGACGACGGCCUUAACAGCAGUGAGUCUUCUAGCACACCAUGGGAUGGUGUAUGUUCCAAUAGGGUACACUUUUGGGAGUGAAAUGACCAAUUUGGAGUCCAUAAGAGGAGGAUCCCCAUAUGGGGCUGGAGUUAUCUCUGGGGAUGGCUCAAGACCUCCAUCUUCCACUGAGCUUGAUCUUGCUCAUUACCAAGGCAAGUACAUGGCUACCCUACUUAAAAGAUCCCUCCCUCUCAACGCUCGUUAAAUUGCACAUUUAGUCCCUAUAUUUAUAUAAGUUCUCGGUUUGAUCUUUACGUACUUCCUAAAAGUUCUAUUCCCAUCUCUAUCCUUUGAUUAAGGCUUACUAUAUACUUCUAUCUUGAGUAGGGCGUAAUAGAUCAUGAUAUCUAACACUUUGGUGCAAGUUAUUUGUGGUUGAAUGGUAAAAAGAGGAAUAGAAUUGCAUUUUCAGGUGGAAAAAAUUUUAGUACUCCCAUAGUACCAUAUUCCCUUUCUUUACACUAUAAAUUUGUCUUCAUGAAUAUCAGUGGACCCACAUUAAUGUUUCUUUUCUUUGAAUACAACGACUGUGUGGUGGGGUUUUGAACCUCUAACCUCUUGGAUCGCAGUGCAUAUCAAUCUCACUGAGUUAAGCUCACUUUAGCAACUCCACACUAAUGUCAAUGAAACCUCACCCUACUUUUAAAAGUAUGCUAAUGUGACACACAAUAAAUAGAGAGAUUACAUGCUCCCGUAGUAUAGAAAUUUUCCUAUGUCAAGUCAUGAUCAGUUGAUCUACUAAUAUCACAACCACAAAUAAUUUGUCAAGUUAGACAUUUGUUACUCUCUUUACUAAGAAGUUUAGAAUGUAUAUGGUAUGUUUUAAUCAAAUGGUAGAUACUGGUAUAAAUUUUGGAAGUAUAAAGGUGAAGUUGAUAAAAUGUAUAGUAUAGGGAUUAAAAGUGUAAUUUAACCUAGUUUUUUUAAACGAUUAAAUAUAAGUUUCGUACUUAAACUUUCAAAUUUUUGUUUAAAAAGUAACUUAACCUUAAAACUUAUCUAAUGGAUCCCUGAACUUUACAAAUGUUCAAUAAGCCCUUGAACUUUCAAUGUCUCAUCUAAUUAGAUCCCAAACAUGUUCAAAAUUUUAUGUCUAACACGACCCCAAACUUUCAAUUUUGCAUUUAAUGAGUUUGUGAUUUUUUUAUAAACAAAAUUAAAAAACCAGAGAUCUACUAAAUAGACAGUUGAAAGUUUAACGACCCUUUGCGAAACAAAACGACAGGGAUUUAUUAAACAUCGUUUAAAGUUCAAGGAUUAAGUAGGCAGGAAUUUGAAAGUUGUAUGAGCUAAACCUGUAAAAUAUCUAUUUAAACUAGGGUGUUCUUGUUGUGAAAAAGAAAAUCAUUUUUUUCUUACUUUAAGUAGAAAAAGGGAAUUUUGAAUGUUGAAAGUAGAGUGUAAAUCCAAGAAUGUGAAUAAAACAGUCAUUUCAAAUCAGUUUUUAUUGUUUAUUUAUUUAUUUAUUUAUUUUUGGUUGGUGUUAAAGACAUUCUUUGUCCAUAUAUUAUGGAAAAUAAGAAUCUUUGAUGUGUUAAGUGAAGCCAAACAAUAUGGUGCCAAGCAAAUUUAAUAGAAGCAUGGACAUGAUGUCCCCUACAAUAACAGUCUUGAAUUAUAUAUAGGAACUAAUAGGGGUAAGAUCUACCCUACAAUGACACUUGAAUUAUUGGAAACUCAAUGGCAUCAUAUACCCUACAAAUGUACAUUUGAAUUAUUAGAAUUCAUGACCAUAUACCCCACGAAGGAGUUUCUUCAACCCAAAAAAAAAAA